AUGUCAGUCUUAUUCUUUAUUCAGAGAGGUAUGAAUGCUGCUGUGCGCGCAGUAGUACGCAUGGGAAUCUAUGUAAAAGCCAAAGUGUAUUUUGUUUAUGAGGGUUACCAGGGAAUGGUGGAUGGAGGUGAUAAUAUUGUAGAAGUUUCAUGGGAAAGUGUUUCAAGUAUCCUGCAAGUGGGAGGUACAGUUAUUGGUAGUGCACGCUGCAAAUCCUUUCGUACCCGGGAGGGCCGCCUGCAGGCAGCCUACAACUUGGUUCAGAGAGGAAUCACUAAUCUUUGUGUGAUUGGCGGUGAUGGUAGCUUAACUGGUGCCAAUCUGUUCCGCGAGGAAUGGAGCGGACUUCUAGAAGAACUGGCACAGAAAGGAAAAAUUGAUGAAGAGGCUGUUAAGAAAUACGCUUACCUUAACAUUGUGGGAAUGGUUGGAUCCAUAGACAAUGACUUCUGUGGCACUGAUAUGACCAUAGGUACCGACUCAGCCUUGCACAGAAUCAUUGAAGUUGUGGAUGCCAUCAUGACCACUGCUCAAAGUCAUCAGAGGACAUUUGUUCUGGAGGUUAUGGGGAGACACUGUGGGUAUCUAGCUCUUGUUAGUGCCUUAGCCUGUGGUGCAGAUUGGGUAUUUAUUCCUGAAUACCCACCAGAAGAAGGAUGGGAAGAUUCAAUGUGUGUUAAGCUUUCAGAGAAUCGUGCACGAAAGAAAAGGCUGAAUAUUAUUAUUGUAGCUGAAGGAGCUAUUGAUUGCCACAACAAACCUAUAACGUCAGAGAAGGUCAAGGAUCUUGUGGUUCAGCGGCUUGGUUUUGACACCCGAGUAACUAUCUUAGGUCACGUGCAAAGAGGUGGAACGCCUUCAGCUUUUGACAGAAUUUUGGCAAGUCGUAUGGGUGUGGAAGCUGUACUUGCCCUUUUAGAAGCUACUCCAGCUACCCCUGCCUGUGUGGUGUCCCUGUCUGGAAACCAGGCUGUCCGUCUGCCUUUGAUGGAGUGUGUGCAGAUGACUCAAGAAGUCCAGAAAGCCAUGGAUGAGGGAAGAUUUGUUGAAGCUGUGAGGCUUCGUGGAAGGAGCUUUGAAAACAACCUUAACACCUACAAAUUACUGUCGCAUAAAAAACCAGAUGCUGAGCUUCCAAAGACUAAUUUUAAUGUGGCAGUUUUAAAUGUUGGUGCCCCUGCAGCGGGAAUGAAUGCUGCAGUGAGAGCUGCGGUGAGAGUUGGCAUAACUGAAGGACAUAAAAUGUUUGCUGUCAUUGAUGGAUUUGAAGGUUUUUCUAGAGGGAAGAUAAAGGAAAUCAGCUGGGGAGAUGUUGGAGGCUGGACUGGUCAAGGAGGAUCAAUUCUUGGUACAAAACGUACACUUCCUGCAAAAUACUUGGAGAAGAUUGCUGACCAGAUGCGCACUAACAACAUUAACGCCCUUAUGGUUAUUGGUGGAUUUGAGGCGUACCUCGGACUUCUGGAAUUGUCAGCUGCCCGAGAGAAAUAUGACGAAUUCUGUGUUCCAAUGGUUAUGGUUCCUGCAACUGUAUCCAACAAUGUACCGGGUUCAGAUUUCAGCAUUGGUGCAGAUACUGCUCUGAACACUAUAACUGAUACGUGUGAUCGCAUCAAACAGUCGAAUAUGGGGGCCCUUGCGGCAGGAGCUGAUGCUGCUUAUAUCUUUGAAGAACAGUUUGAUAUUCGAGAGCUCCAGGCUAAUGUGGAACACUUGACUGAAAAAAUGAAAACCAGUAUCCAGCGUGGUCUAGUGCUGAGAAAUGAGAAUUGCAAUGAGAACUACACAACUGACUUCAUUUAUCAGCUGUAUUCUGAAGAAGGAAAAGGAGUGUUUGACUGUCGAAAAAACGUAUUGGGCCACAUGCAGCAGGGUGGUGCACCUUCACCAUUUGAUAGAAACUUCGGGACAAAAAUUUCUGCAAAAGCUAUGCAGUGGAUCUCCAAAAAACUGCAAGAAACCUACCGAAAAGAAGAAGGAAAAGUAUUUGCCAACACCGAUGACUCAGUUUGUUUGCUGGGAAUGCGUAGACGCAACCUUGUUUUCCAACCUGUGGCUGAGCUUAAGAAUGAAACAGACUUCGUGCACAGGAUUCCCAAGGAGCAAUGGUGGCUGAAGCUGCGACCACUGAUGAAAAUCCUGGCCAAGUACAAGACAAGUUAUGAUGUUUCAGACUCAGGACAGCUGGAGCAUGUUGCUAUGCACAGCCCAAAGGAAGCAGAAACCGGAGCCAUCUAAAGACAUCACUUUUAGAGUAUUGUAAUAGAUGCACAUUGUGAGUAACAAUGCUUUAGAAUCGUUACAGCUUUGUUUUGUAACAUUUAAAUUAUUGUACCAGCACUUUAUGUGAACCAAGACAUUCAGAUGUCACAGAGAUUUUGUCCUGUAUUUGUGUUAUGUUUGAAGCAAACCCUAGCAUCUAAUAGAUAAGCACCAUUUACUGAUACUGCCCUUUAACAAAAGUGCGACACCCCUUCUAUGCACUCUGUAAGUUACUCACCUACUGCACUUUGUUUCAGAGUACUUACACCCAAAAAAUAAGUGUAGAUGGCUAGCUUUGUCUUGAGUUACAGGAUGUGCUUAAUGUAUCUGAAGUUAAAUAAAGUACUGUUGCAAACAU